CAUUUACUCCACGGUGGUUUGUACUCUGGAAGCAGCGUGACCGCUGGAGAAAUCCGUGACAUUCGUGAAAGGGAGAAGCGGGAAAUGCGAGGUCUCAACGAUAGAUUGGCAGCAUACAUUGAGCAGGUUCGAUUCCUUGAAGCCCAGAAUCGCAAGCUUAGCCAUGAUCUAGAAAGACUGACGAAAGGCAAACACGCACCAGGGAUCCGCCAGAUGUACGAAAAGGAAAUUUCGGUAAGAAAAUCAGCUUUCAAUUCUCUGAUCAUAGAUCAAAAUCGAUUGGGUUUACCGAUCAAUAAACCUCUUCAGAUUUGCAUGACAAAGAGACGUAAUGCUGUCAUCGAGGAGGAAUGCAAACGUAUUCGCAACGAAAAUCUGAAGCUGAACUCCGACCUUGCCUCUCAGCGCCAGGUAAAACUUGUAAAAUUCGUAAUUAACCUGACUUGA